GUUACUCCUAAAAAUAUCUAUGGUAAAGCCAUAUGUAUGACCACUGACCACUCGAAGACCCAGCUUAAGGAAGUCCGGUCAGUCACCGCCAAUCAAAUGUAAAACAAAAAAACAAAAAGGAAACCCUGACUACUCUCUCUCAUCAUCAUCAUCAUCGUCAUCGUCGUCUACCAUUCGACCCGUUAUUCGUCUCUGCAGCCUAGGGUUCUCUUCAACUACCUGUACCGAUCACUCUCCAUUGGAUCGUAGCUUUGAAUCUGUCAGAUUAACGGAGCUCUCGGGCAAGGGUGAGAAUUGUAGGUCUAGAGGAUGGAGGAGGGCAAAACGUCCGAGAACCAUUUGACAUCAGCUGCAGCUUUUGUGGAAGGUGGAAUUCAAGAUGCCUGCGAUGAUGCUUGCAGCAUAUGUCUCGAGGCAUUUUGUGAAAGUGAGCCAUCAACGGUGACUGGUUGCAAGCACGAAUUUCAUCUCCAGUGCAUUCUUGAAUGGUGUCAGAGGAGCUCGCAGUGUCCAAUGUGUUGGCAACCGAUCAGCCUGAAGGAUCCCAGCAGCCAGGAAUUGCUUGAUGCAAUAGAACAGGAGAGAAGUUCCAGGAUUAACCCAUCUAGAAAUUCCACGAUAUUUCAUCAUCCAACCUUGGGGGAUUUUGAAUUACAGCAUUUACCAGUCAGUGCAACUGAUGCUGAACUUGAAGAGCGUAUAAUUCAUCACUUAGCUGCCGCAGCUGCCAUGGGGAGGGCACGCCACAUUGCCAGGAGGGGAGGGCAGAGGAGUAGGUCAUCAGCUCAAGGUCGGCCACAAUUUUUGGUGUUCUCAACUCAUCCUAAUGCACCUUCUGCUGAUGCUGCAUCAUUUUCUUCAACUCAGAGAAGUGAAGGUGAACCAGCUUCUGCAGUCACAGCAGCUGGCCCAACUUCUCUUUUAACUCUGGGAGAAGAAUCUACACAACUAAUUACACCAGUACCUUCUGCUCAAGCUGAUCAGGUUUCUGCCUCAGCCUCUAGAUCAAGUGUUCUUGCUACCAAUAACCAUGGAACUUCCUCAAACAAUCGGAGAUCUCCUACUCAGUCUUCUCCAAGUAGUCAAGAUAUAGCAGGACCAUCUGAAUUCCAAUCUUUUUCAGAAUCUCUGAAGUCUCGAUUUGGUGCUGUGUCAAUGAGAUGCAAAGAGUCGAUUGUGAAGGGCACAAAGGGUUGGAAGGAGAGAAUCUUCUCUCGUAACACUUCUACAACAGAUCGUGGUUCUGAAGUUAGGGGAGAGGUUAAUGCAGAAAUCGCUACUGUAUCACACAUGAUGGAAAGUCUUGAAACAAGAGAUAAUAGUAGAACCAACACUGCUUCUCUAUCAGAUAGUUUGGAGGAUAGCUUAGUUCCAGAUCCCCAUAACCAGCAGAUUUUAGAGACCAGUGAUAACAAUUCUUUGGAUGAGAGCAAUAUACAAGCUUCAUGUGCGGCUAGUUCUGCUUCAAAUUAAAAGUUAUUUAAGGAAUUGCAUCACCUCAAAGCAUUUCAUAUUUAAAGGUAGAGUCUCCAUCUUCUCCAACAUCAGAUGCUGCAAGAUGUUUUGCCUCUGUUUCGGCCAGUGGUAAAUCCUAUUACAUAUGGAAGAACAUUAAUGAUUGUGAUCUUAUACAGAAUAAAGGACGUAGAGAGACCGCGCUCUUCAAUCUGGACCUUGGAACCACUAUAUGGCUGUUACUAUUACAUGGUUUAUGUUUAAAAUUUGUUUAUGAUUUUAUGAACUGGUCUAGAACACUGACGUAAAAUGUUUCAAAUGUCUGAACUUUUAGGCAUAUGUGGAUAAAUUUCUUCUGGUUUCGACAUUUUAUUCUUAAAAAUUUCGUGAUACUUUUAAGUGAAACAAAGGAAAAUUAAUGUUGGCAUGUUUGAUUGUGUA